CACAUGACUGACUCAUCGAUUUCGCAGCGAUCUCUGCUCCGCAACACACUCAUGCGCGCCUUCCAUCUUUGCAUCUGGUUACUCACGACACCCAAAGUCGCCAAGGUCAAGGACACCCAAUGCGGCUUCAAGCUCUUUUCACGGCCUGCCCUACCUUAUAUCGUACCGUACAUGCACUCGGAGGGUUGGAUCUUCGAUGUGGAGAUGUUGAUGUUGGCGGAGAGCGCAAAUAUCCCCAUGAUCGAGGUCCCUGUGGGUUGGAAAGAAGUCGGAGGCAGCAAAUUGAAUGUCGUCAAGGACAGCAUCGGUAUGGCGGUCGGACUGGCACUAUUGCGGGUCGCAUGGGGCACAGGUAUCUAUCGGAGGGACUGAGAAUGGAAUGUUUGCAUAGGCCCCUAGAUCGGAGGAAACGCCUGUGAAGCGUCAGACCAGUGUGGAUUCUUGUUGCAGUGAGUAUUUACAACAUGGACUAGUUGCCUGGCGUCAUUC